UUUGCAGCAUUGGCGUGCUGGCGGACGUGCGUGCACGCGAGCAACAGAUCCGAGCGCAUGCGCAGAUCAUUGUUUUGACUGAAAAUGCCGUCGGUUUCGAAAACGGCGGCCAAUGCGUCCCCUCAAACCGAGAAACCUACCCACUAUACAUACUUGAAGGAGUUCAGGACAGAGCAGUGCCCGUUGUUCCUCCAACACAAGUGUACGCAGCACAGACCCUUUACGUGCUUUAAUUGGCAUUUUCUCAACCAGCGACGAAGACGACCCAUAAGAAGAAGAGACGGGACUUUUAACUACAGCCCCGACGUAUACUGCACGAAAUACGACGAGACCACAGGCAUCUGCCCAGAUGGAGAUGACUGUCCGUAUUUACACCGGACCACUGGUGACACAGAGCGCAAGUACCAUCUACGCUAUUACAAGACUGGCACUUGUAUCCAUGAGACAGACGCUCGAGGGCAUUGUGUGAAGAAUGGCCUCCACUGUGCUUUUGCUCACGGGCCACAUGAUCUCCGACCUCCAGUCUAUGAUAUCAGAGAGAUCCAAGCACAAGAGGCACUCCAGAAUGGACAGCUGGGAUCUGGGGAAGGUAUUCCUGAUCUGCAGCCUGGUGUAUUAGCCAGUCAAGCCAUGAUUGAGAAAACUCUGACAGAAGACCCUCGGUGGCAAGAUACCAACUUUGUUUUAGCCAACUAUAAAACAGAUCAGUGUACUAAGCCGCCAAGACUAUGCAGACAGGGCUAUGCUUGCCCUCACUACCACAACAGUAGAGAUCGAAGACGAAAUCCUAGAAAGUUCAAAUAUAGGUCAACUCCUUGCCCUAAUGUGAAACAUGGGGAUGAAUGGGGCGAGCCCUCAAAGUGUGAAAGUGGAGACGGCUGCCAGUAUUGUCAUUCUCGCACUGAACAGCAAUUUCACCCCGAGAUCUACAAAUCUACCAAAUGCAAUGAUAUGCGACAAACUGGAUACUGCCCCAGAGGACCGUUUUGUGCAUUUGCACAUGUAGAAAGAAUUCCCUCUACAGAAGAGACCAUGAGCUCCUUGCUAACAGUGAUACAGUCAAGUUCGCAGGCCCAGCUGGGUUCUCAGCAGUAUUCAGAGUGUUCAGUCAGUGAGUGGAACAGUGGAGGCAACUCCACCACCAACGCAACCAGUAGCAACGGACAAGUAGGAAGUGUCUCAUGUUCUAAUAGCUCAACUGUAACUCCAAGCUCAGGAAGCGACAGUUUGUUAUCCCCAGUGGGAUCCAUCAACAGGCCCAAAUCCAUACCUAAUAGUAGUUUAUGUUCAGAGUCCACCACAUCCAGUGUCUCAUCUCUGACAUCUAACUAUCCCAAAGCUCCGGGCUUUGAACGUGAGGAUCAGAUAAAGAAUAAGGGGCAGGUGGAUCAGAAAUUGAUGGACCAAGAAAAACAGACACAAAACACUGUAUUCUCAGCGGUGAACCCUUUGGCAUCGAGUUUUACCUCCAGUAUAACAUCCAGCUUGGCCUCUAGUAUCGGCUCAGAAAGUUCUUCACCCACCACCUUAUCCACAAUGAAUGCAAAAGCCACUCCUUUCUACCCAGGGAGCAACACAGUGGAGUCUGUCAUAGGGUCUGCUCUGGACCUCAACUUUAGUGACAUUAAUGUUGCAUCUCUUGAUAAGGAGUUAGAGGAGCAAGACAACAGUGUAGGAUUGGCAAGUCAAAAGGUCCUCGGUGGAUCCGCUCCAGUUAACAUUCCCGGCUCUCUGGCUCGAUCGUCCUCUUUCAAUUCCUCAUCAUCCCUCUCCACCUCGCCGCUCAGCUCCCUCUCCCAGUCUCUGUCGCAGUCCCUGCUGUCUGGGGCGGUAUCACAGCAAAAUCAACCUUCAAACAUGUUAGCCAAGCAAGAGCACGGCCUCCUGGGGACGCCCACCUCCUCCUCCCAGAACUCUUUGGGCCUGAAUGGAGGGGCUAGCAGCAUUUGGGACUUUCUAAGUGGCAGCUUUUCACCGAGUCCAUCUCCAGUUUUCAGCAGCCUGUCCUCCGCAGCCAGCAGUGCUGAUCUGGCUCGCCUCUUUAGAGAACUGGACGAAGCCAAGAAGAAGAUCAAACAGUGGGAGGAGGCCUGGCACCAGGUCAAACAGGCCUGUGAAGCUUGCCAGAAAGACGCUCAUGAAGCAAAGGAACAAGCGAAAACGGCCGAGGCGGAGCGGCAGCUGGCAGAACAGAAAUGGGAGGAAACGGAGCGCAAGCUGAAAGAGCUCCAAGGGGACUUUGAUGUGCUUUGUCGCACCCCUGGAACACCUCUUCUACGUAGCUACGGAGAGCUGGACCAGCUCCCCUUGUCAAAGCUUCACUCCAUCCAGAGUCAGCUGCGUAAUGACCUAGACCUUAUAGAUGGGGUAAUAUAUCAGCUUCAGUCAAAGAAAUGUAUAGUUUGCCAAAAGCAUGAUCGUUGCAUUGUUCUGCAGCCUUGCCAACAUUAUGUACUAUGUGAGAACUGUGCACCUAGUAAAACAGAAUGUCCCUACUGUAGAACAAAAAUAUUGAAGUGGUGAUGUACAAUUACUCAUGGUACUAUUUAAAGAUUUAGCCCUUUGAAAAACUACUAAUAGAUGAUGCAUUUUCUAAAUAGCAAUGUCUGUUUCAUACGUUGAUUGAAUUAUGUUAGAACACAAUGAUGUUUGACUGACCAAACAAAAUAGUAUUAUGAAUCAGAUUGUGUACAGGGGAUUUAAUCAUUAAUAGCUUUUGCUCAUUUUAUGCGUACAUUACUUUGGUUAACCAGAUAGCACUCAACUUAUUAUUAAUAUUAGAAUAUGAAAUUAGAACAUUAAAUUACCUUGCUUUGCGUCUUCUCAAACCUUUAGUCACACUUUGGAUACUCUAAAGGACAUAAAUCAUUUUGUUUACACUUUGUUAUGAGUACAUUCUGACUAAACACAUGAUGCAGUUGUGCUUUCCCCAAACAAAAUGCUAAUAUGCAUUGCCAGCCUGACGUAUUGCUCUUACAGUAAACACAAAAUGACAGAUUAGAAAGAAAUACAAAACAGACAAGCACGGUUAAAACAAAAACAUAAAUAAGUGUGAGUUUGUUUUUUCUGCACUCAUGUUUUGCUUUUUAUGUCCUGGAAGUACUUCACUGUGAUUUCUGAAUUAUUACAAAUCAAAGAAUUUGAAUUCUUGGGGUUGCUUCUUCCUCAAUGCAGUCAAAGUCCUCCCUGAGCAAAUUUGAAUUUAUUUCAACCCCAACAUUUUAGAAAUUACUGUGGAAGUGUGUGUGUGUGUGUGUGUGUGUGUGUGUGUGUGUGUGUAUGUGUGUAGCCAACAUGAGGUUUUGGCAAAUCUGUCUGUGAUGUGUUUGGAGAAAACUUGCCCAUUGUGACUUUAUCUUAACUGAGAACAGAUCAGAUCUAUUUUUAAAAUAUAUAUAUAAAAAAAGAACUAUGUCCUUCUCACGCUAUUAUCGCUGCAUUGUCUUUGAAUAGUUCUCCAUUCAUUUUGAGGCUGGAAGAAGUUUAUAUAUAUAUAUAUAUAUAUAUAAAUGAAUCCUUUGAAAUAAUAUCAGUGGGACCUUCAUAGAGAAUUUUGAAAAUGAAGCUUCCCCAUUGUGUAUCAGAACAGUCGCACAUUGAUACAGAAACAUAGACAAAGCCAUUGUUGAUAUUUUACCACAAUAGCUUGAACCAUAGGCAUUCCAGACUGGGAUCUCAAAUGCAAGGAAAUCACUGUGCAAAUGUGGGAGUUGGUCUGGUGACAAGAAACAUAAAAUGGGCAAAACUCAAAGCUGACGUAUCCUUUUUUUUUGUUAGUUAAAGAGGAACAAAUCAAGAAAAAAAAAGAUUUCUAAGAACAUGAAUGUGACUGAUAUCUUCAAUUAGAAAUCCCAUUUUUGUUUUAACCUAAUUAGUCUCAAUGGUACUUCUACUCCAUUUACAGAGCGCAGAGCCUCCGACAGCACUGAGUGAAAUGGGUCGCUUAUACCAAAAGUGUCUGAACAUGUCAAAGCUCCGUGCUCUGAGAAAUGAAUUCACGCGCUGACAUUCUUGCACUUAACACCACAGGGAGUAACUGAUGUAAAAAAUGAAAACCUUCAGCCAAAGUAUUAUCCAACAAUAGAAAGUGAAUAUGCACAUUUGCAAAAUGUUUCACAUCCACUGAUGUAUUAGUGCUGAACCACUCGUGUCUGUAAAUCAGACUAAAAAAGGAAAUAACUCAUUGUUCCUCUAUCAAAUUUUCAUUAGCAGUUGUUUUUUUUUUUUCAAUGCAAUCAGUCAAGCAUCAUUAUUUUUGACCAACUUUCUGAAGAAGUUUGAUUUCUUACUAAAGCACUUUGUUGACUUGGGACUUUAUUAAAGGGUAUAUAGAAAUUUGCUUUAAGCUGCUUUGUAGGUAUUCUUUUGUGUCUUUUUUAGAUUAUAUUUUUUUUCUAUAUAAGCUAAUGUCUGAAGCUUUUGUGUGUACUGUGAAACAUCAUUUGAAUAUUUCCUGUUUCCUAUUGUUAAAUCAUGGCAUGGUUCUACGUAUUAUUAAGAUUUCAUAGAGAAGUACUUUAUAGUUUCUACUUUCAUAGUUAGAUUUAUAAAAAUUUCAAUCAAAUAAGUGCAAAUUUAAAAUGCAUUUUAGGCAUAACCAGCAGCUAUAAUAUCGGUAAGGCACAUGCUACAUGUUAAGGCUGUUAUUCAAUCAGUUAGUUUUAUUUUGUAGAGAUUUAUAUAGCCUAGCCAUUAGAGAAGCAUGUAUUGUAUUUGCUAAAAGCCUGAAAUGGUGAUUUUUUUGUAGGAAUCCAGCCUCUUGACCUUGUCUAGAACAUAUCGGCCUCUAACUCUAAAGUGCCUUGCCUUAGUUGAAAAGGUUAUAUGUAGAAUUGACAGAGCAAACACAAGCAAUUGAAGCUUGUGCACAGGUUUCUGUAUAAUGUGUCUUGUGUAAUUUAGCAGAAGCAUUGACCUGUUUGACUAUAUGUGUGUGUAUAUAAACAUAUGCCAGUGUGUUUGGCCCAGUCCCAUUAAGUAUUUCUGCGGAGGAUAAUUGAAAACAAACAUUGUCAGUGCCUGUGUCCUGACUUCAACCUUAGAAAUGAACCUCCACGCUCACCUCCUACUACCCACACACUCAUUCCUUGGUCGUGGUGCUCUUUUGGUGCAGCUUCAGUCAAAUUAGGUUUUUCAAUUUAACAUUUGGGAGUAUGCAAACAGAGGACACAAUAAUUUGUACAGCAGCAUAUAAAAAUGCUUUGUAAACAGUUCAGUAAAUUUCAUUUGUUUUAUUGUAAUAAUUCUGCAGUAAUUGAAAAAUUCUGUAGUUAACUUGUAAGUUGGAUUUUGUAUAGGAUUUUGUGUUUAGGUUCCUCUAAUUGAAAUGACCUUCUACUGUGUUUAAAAAAAAAAAAAAAAUCUUUUUAUUCUUGCUUUAAAUUCGAUAGAAAAUCAUGUAUUUCCAGGUUCACCUUUUGCUACUUAUAAAUAUGGGAAGAUGCAUUGUUUACAUUCACAUAAAUGGCAAUUAAGCAACUCAGAGGAAAAUAUCAAAAAAAGUUAUGGUAUUUUAGCGUUCUCAUGAUUAUAUUACUAGCAUAAAAGGCAGCCUAACCACUUCUGGUAUUGCAUGUCAUGCGAUUUAUUAACCAGCUACAAAAAAAAGAAAAAGAAAAAAGGAAAAAAAAGGUUGCACUGUGUCACACUGCCAGAAUAUUCGUAUUGACUUAUUUUUAGUGUAGUAAAGGCUUCAUAAUUUCUGCAAGCUUCGCUGCUACUGGAAAAGGUAUUAAUGUAGUAUAUUGUUAUACAUUUAGAUGUUUGAAUGUUGUCGUGCAUCCACAGCUCAGAGUUCAGAAACUAUGAUAUAUUCUGUCUUCUGUAUCUAACUUGACUAAAUCUUAAUUUGAUUCAAUCAUUCAUUUGUAAAUGCAUUUGAGUCAAGGUUUCAGUACUUUUCUAUAUCACCUAGAAUGAUGUCACAGACCUGUACUGCUGUAGAUUGUCCCUUUUUGUUAAAAAAAAAAAAAAAAAACCUGAUUUAAAUUAAUGGUAUUUUGUUUGGACCCCCCCCCCCACACACACACACACACACUGGAUAGCAGUGUAUGAUGCAGCUAAUUUCACAGGGUUCUCUAGUCUAUUUUGAUAUGCCAGUGAAGCCACCUAAAAUAAUGAUGUCUAGUGUGAUUAUCUAAAAAGAUGAACCAAAGUGGUGUUCUAGUAGCUGUCCAAAUAUGUGUUCUAAAGGGAAAAUUUACCCUUGAACAGAAUUCAAGUACUCGCUCUUCAACAGAUCAGCCUGUAGUUCUGAACGGGCCAUCCGGAUAAAACUGAGACAAAGUCCAGAAUUGAGAGGGACAGGAAUUCUGUUUUUGGAUGGAUUUUUGCUUUCAUUCAGUAGGACAUACACUGUAUAUUCUUAGUGAGUAAACAACAGGACUAUGCUAAUGGCUUUCGCAUUCAACAUUAAUGGACUUGAGCCCAUGUUUUGCAGUUUUACCAAAGACCUGUACCGUUGUUAUUUCUUUUAUACUACAUUUCAUCUUUUUUUUUUUUUUUUAAAUUUCAGUAAGAAGCCUAAAUUGACUUUGAAAAAGUAAUCACCUAGUACCUUAAAUAGACAAUGGUAACAGUAAUUAAAGGCAUCUUUUUCUAUCUAAAGUUGGCUAUAGUGAUUUGAAACACAAAUGAUCAAAAAUGCAUGGGUCAGUUCCUUAAAAAAUGUGUAUUUGUACUUUUGAUUCUGUGUUGAGUAUACAUUGACGUUUAUGGCAGGUUUGUGCAAUACUUUCUAGCACAUGCUGACCUUAAGCGAGGAUUCAGUGUCGGUUUAAUUGUUGUCUCCAGUGAAGGAAUGUCAAAGGUGAUUGACAUUUGUGCUUCUGAAGUGGCCAUAUAAACUUCACUACAACUACUGUUCUGAAGUUUUUUCUGAUUUGUUUUUUGUUGUUGAUUUUGCUUAACUACAUAAUCUCAAUCACUUUGGAAAUCGGUGGUUAUGCAUUAUAUGCUGUUAUGAUAGGCCUGCAGUGACUGUAAGGUGCUUUCUUUAUAUCCAACUCUUUUGUUUUCGAUUUCUUAAAGCCGUGGUCCAAAUUAGUUUUUUGAUUUUUUGAUUAUUUUUUUUUUGUAAAAUUACCGGGGACAGAUGAUGAUUGUGACAAACAUUAAUGGCAGAUACAGACAUAAUUCAAAUCGAGUUGUUAUCGUUGUUGUUAUGAUAAUUUGUUGUUGGCUGUCAGUCUCCCUUGUGGUCUACUUGCCCCAGUUCAAGUUUUCUAAAGAAAAAAAAAAAAUGAAACAAACGUGAACUUGGUAAGCACAGCUUGCAUUUCUUUACAUGUCUUUAGAUUUGAUACACUUUCAAGUAUAUCUGUGCCUUUUGAAUAAUUACAUAUUGAUUGGUAUUGAGAAUAGUAUGUCUUUGAGACAGUGUUCACUCCCAGUCAGGUGACAAAAAAACCCAACAUGUUUAAUUAGAAUCAAAAUUCCAGUGCCUUACAAUAUUUUUGGGGACCACAGUGUGAUUGCUAAAUAACUCUGCGCAUUCAGCCCACUUGAGCUAAAAGGGAAAAAAGUCAAAUGAGGUUUGCUUCAUCGGUUCAACAGAAUGAAGCAAAGUUUUAACUGCCUGAUAAUGGUCUGUCGUCUGUAUUUGCCAUACCAUUUUAAAAAAAAAACAAAAAAAAACAGCUAAUAUUAAACACUUAACCAUUGAAUACACAAUUUUGAUCCCAAUUAGUCAUUUGGCACCAAAAACUCUACUGUUUGUAAGGAAAAGCACCAAAUAGGAAGAAUCUUGUAAAUGAACUGUAACAGAUGUAUCAUUACGCUCUGCAUUGGAAUAGUUUAAUCUAUUUUGCAUUAUUGCUAGUUGUUGUGUUGUCUUUUUGUUUUUAAUAUUAUGAAAAUGGAGCCUGAAGAUUUAUGCAAUCUUGUACAUGUAUAUGAGUAUGAUGUAUGGAGCUGUUCAAAUUAAGUAAAAUACUAGUACAACAAAGUGUUGUCAAAAGUAAAUAAUCUUAAUAUGGAACCAGCUGUUCCAUAUACUUUAGAGAAUUUCAGUAGAAAUGUUAUUUUAACAUUGAAGCCCUGAAAUAUUGAAUGUAUUGUUCUAAAUUAGAUAUUCAAUGAAUAGGUCACUGGAUAUUAUGGAGCGCAGUUAAUUCAUUAUGAUGUAGCAUCUAGUUGUGAACUGCUAUUCAAUAAAAUUUAUUAGAACUAAAACAAAUGCAAGUUUUCAAGUUUCUAUUUGUCAGCAAAAUGUGGCUAUACGAGGAAAGAAAGUUUCUCUCAGGAUAAUAAAGUGAUUUAAUAGAGAAUGUUAAAUCUGAGGAAACUGCAUUUCAGAGAUUUAUUUACUUAAUGUCAGUGGGUUUAGACCUUAUUUAUAGAUUUAAAAAAAUAUGUCCCAUAUUUUGUGAUGAGCUGUAUGGAUAUGUAGGAAAUUCUCUAGAAAUUCUGUUGGUAUAUUGAUAUUUUUUGUGUUGUGAACACAAAAUAGGUGCAAGUCUUAGAAUAUUAGAUUUUUCUUUUCUACAUUGAGGAUUGUGUACCGCAUAUUUUCUGUAGUGUAUUACUAGUUUGUUAACACUUGUUAAAUUGUUACACUACAGUUAUGCAAUGGUUUACAGAGUUCACAAAUUAUUUUUUAUCAUCUUGAGAAUUAAAAUAAUUUUUCAUCUGAAA